GUCGUCUUUAAUUUAUCAAAGGUCUUAAAAAAUGUGAUGGAGAUGACUAUUUCCGUUAUAUUUUUGACUGCUGCUUAAUUGUUUCCACCACUGCAAAAAUGUUUUUAUUUAAACAUGAAAUAAUACGAGGUGCACUUUCAAGAUGUCAGAGUGCUAUCCACAUGUGCGCAGUUCAUGUGCAGGUCGAGCCAUUGCCAGAGGGGAAAGAGGAAAUAGCAAGGUGGCCUAUACAAUUUGAAGACAACACUCCCUUGCUGGGAUAAAAAAAUACAGAUUUUUUGGGGUUCUAAAACCAUUAUUUGGUCAUCACUAAUGUGCAUUAACCUGCUUCCGGCAAUGAAAGUAUCUGCCCUGUCCCUGUUUCGCUGCUAACUCGAACGCCCUUUCCCCCCUUUGAGAGAUGCAUUCUGUUAAGCACAAGCAUAGGCUACUGACAGUUGAUCAACAUUUUGAAAUGUAAUUGUGGGGAAAAAGUUCAACUGUCAAGAGGAAAUAACCAAUUUACAAACAUAGGACGUAAUUGAGAUGAUGCGCCAGCGGAACAGAGCAGAGUGUGUCACUUGUGGUAUAUACAUCAAGUAGCCUAUAUAGGCCUACCAAUGGACAGUUUUUGUAGGACAUAAAAUGUACUGUUUGAUCAAUUGCAUGGCUAUCUAGCAACAAUAUCAUAUUUAGAGUUAGCAACAUAGCUGAUGUAUUUUGAGUUCACACCUCAUGUGGUAAAUAGCCUAGGUCAAUAUGCACAAAAAUAUGCAGUCAAAUUCAUCUCUAAAGAGACAAAAAUAUGGGAUUAUUCUGGAUCCUAUUUUGACAUGUUGCACAUCAAAAUAUAUCCAUCAUGCAUUCCCUGAACUAAUAGAUGAAAUAGCUACCGGUACAUUGUUGUGUUACAGCCUGAACUCAAAAUUGAUCUCUCACCUACAGUGCAUUCGGAAAGUAUUCAGACCUCUGACUUUUUCCACAUUUUGUUACGUUACAGCCUUAUCCUAAAAUUGAUUCAAUUGUUUUUUUCCCUCAUCAAUCUACACACAAUAUCCCACAUUUACAUAAGUAUUCAGACCCUUUACUCAGUACUUUGUUGUAGUACUCCCAUUCUUCUCUGCAGAUCCUCUCAAGCACUGACCAGUUGGAUGGGGAGCGUCACUGCACAGCUAUUUUCAUGUCUCUCCAGAGAUAUUAGAUCGUGUUCAAGUCCAGGCUCUGGCUGGGCCACUCAAGGACAUUGAGACUUGUCCCGAAGCCACUCCUGCGUUAUCUUGGCUGUGUUCUUAGUCGUUGUCCUGUUGGAAGGUGAACGUUCGCCCCAGUCUCAUCAAGGAUUGCUCCGUUCAGCUUUCCCUUGAUCCUGACUAGUCUCCCAGUCCCUGCUGCUGAAAAACAUCCCCACAUCAUGAUGCUGCCGCCACCAUAUUUCACAGUAGGGAUGGUGCCAGGUUUCCUCCUUGGCAUUUAGCCUUCAUUUAUCAGAACAAGAAUAGACUGACGAGUUUCAGAAGAAAGUUAUUUGUUUCUGGACAUUUUGAGCCUGUAAUCGAACCCACAAAUGCAUGCUGCUCCAGAUACUCAACUAGUCUAUAGAAGGCCAGUUUUUUUUUAAUUUGCUUCUUUAAUCAGUACAACAGUUUUCAGCUGUGCUAACAUAAUUGCAAAAGGGUUUUCUAAUGAUCAAUUAGCCUUUUAAAAUAAACUUGGAUUAGCUCACACAACGUGCCAUUGGAACACAGGAGUAAUGGUUGGUGAUAAUGGGCCUAUGUAGAUAUUCAAUUAAAAAUCAGCCGUUUCCAGCUACAAUAGUAAUUUACAACAUUAACAAUGUCUACACUGUAUUUCUUAUCAAUUUGAUGUUAUUUUAAGGGACCAAAAAUGUUGCUUUCCUUUCAAAAACAAGGACAUUUCUAAGUGACCCCAAACCUUUGAACGGUAGUGUAGGUAUUCACACCCCGGAGUCAAUACAUGUUAGAAUCAAUCACCUUUGGCAGCGAUUACAGACAUUUUCAAGUCUUGCCAUAGAUUUUGAAGCAUAUUUAAGUCAACUGGAACAUUCAAUGUCGUGUUCGCAAGCAACUCCAGUUUAUAUUUGGCCUUGUGUUUUAGAUAAUUGUCCUGCUGAAAGUUGAAUUUGUCUCCCAGUGUCUUUUGGAAAGCAGACUGAACCAGCAUUUCCUCUAGGAUUUUGCCUGUGCCUAGCUCUAUUCUGUUUUAUUUUUAUCCUAAAAAGCUCCCUAGUCCUUUCCGAUGACAAGUAUACCCAUAACAUGAUGCAGCCACCUCCAUGCUUGAAAAUAUGAAGUGCUACUCAGUGAUGUGUUGGAUUUGACCCAAACAUAAUGCUUUGUGUUCAGGACAUUUUUAUUUUUUAUUUUUUUAACUUUAGUGCCUUAUUGCAAACCGGAUGCAUGUUUUGGAAUAUGUUUUAUUCUGUGCAGGCUUCCUUCUUUUCACUCUGUCAUUUAGGUUAGUAUUGUGGAGUAACUACAAUGUUGUUGAUCCACCCUCAGUUUUCUCCUAUCACAGCCAUUAAACUCAGUAACUGUUUUAAAGUCACCAUUGGCCUCAUGGUGAAAUCGCUGAGCGGUUUCCUUCCUCUCCGGCAACUAAGCUAGAAAGGACGCCUGUAUCUUUGUAGUGACUGGGUGUAUUGAUACACCAUCUAAAGUUUAAUUAAUAACUUCACCAUGCUCAAAGGGAUAUUCAAUGUCUUGUUUUUUUCUUCAUUUUUACCCAUCUACCAAUAGGUGCCCUUCUUUGUGAGGCAUCGGAAAACCUCCUUGGUCUUUGUGGUUGAUUCUGUGUUUGAUAUUCACUGCUCGACUGAGGGACCUUACUGAUAAUUGUAUGUGUUGGGUACAGAGAUGAGGUAGUCAUUUAAAAAUCAUGUUAAAACACUUAUUGCUCACAGAAUGAGUCCUUGCAACUUACGUGACUUGUUAAGCACAUUUUUACUACUUAACUUAUUUCGGCUUGCCAUAACAAAGGGGUUGAAUACUUAUUAACUCAAGACAUUUCAGCUUUUAAUUAAAUUAAUUUGUAAACAUUUCUAAAAACAUAAUUCCACUUUUACAUUAUGGGAUAUUGUGUGAGCCCAGUGACAAUCACAAUUUAAUAAAUUUUAAAUUCAGACUAACAACAAAAUGUGGAAUAAGUCAAGGGGUGGGAAUACUUUCUGAAGGCAUUAAUUUAUUUCAUGACUUACUUGGCACUGGAAAAAGUUGGUCUCCAGCCCUCCCGCUUAGCUACCUUGCUUGAAAGUAUAGUAAUUUGAUACUCGAUUCACUGAAUAAGGGAAUUAUUCUCUUAGACUUUUUGGUUGUAGUCUGUUAUAGCAUAAUACCUCCAAGAGAGCUACUGAGUGUGUAGACUUUCGUUCCAGCCCCACUAACACCAGAUUCUACCAAUAAAUUGCUCAACAGGACUUUGUUAAGCUGACUGGUGUGUUUGAGCAGUGCUUGAUCAAAAGCCUGCACAUCCAGUGGCCUAGCUAUCCAGAUGGAGAGUUGACCACGUGUUUUAAACAGUAACAGUGCUGUAUAUCUGACUUUAAGGCAUUUUUUCACAAUGGUAUUGUUAUAGUAUUGAGUAUCAUUAGUUGGUAUUGGUAUCGGUUCAAGGCCAAAAUUCUGGACACCUAGUUUGUGAUCUAACUAAUGAUUAGCCCAUUAUGUUUGCCAGAAUUUGCCGACUCUACCUUUAUGCUUGUUUACACUGAGCUGCACUGGGGUCAGAACGCAUUAAUAAUUACAGUAAGACACAGUGGAGCCGGUGUGAGAUGUGGGUCGGAAAACAUACCUCAAUGCAGGGAUGGGAUAUGCCACUGUACAACAUUUUUAUCCACACUGCUCCAUCGGAGAUUGAAAUACUAAUAUUUUUCCCGGGAAAACUGACCUUUGUCUUAUUGUUAGCUAGCAGUAGCCACAGCAGCCAUUAUGGUAAAAAUAGUGAAAAAGCCAGCCCUAAAAAUACAGCUUUUUGACAGCAUGGGCUCAUUUCUGUAGGGAAAUAUUAGCAGGUAUGUGGUGUGCACAAAAUAGAUAUUAAAAUGCAUUCCAAGUGGCAUUAAAAAGUUCUUGCAAAGUCUUAAAUUCAACUUCAUGGAAUCUGCAGAUACCCUGUGAUUAAUUGGUCCAUGUUUAGGUCUAAGUAUCGUACAAAGUAUUCACAGGAAAUUUUUAGUAAAGACCCAACAUACCAGACCGGUCGGCCCGAACGCAAUAGGCAGACGUUACAUCGCUUGCUGUUACCACAGUAUGUUAUAAAAACCACCUGCACAGUGGUGACUAUUUUCGCUGAGUCUGAAUGUAAAAUGUUAGCAAAUAUUCUGGUAAUAAGCGCUCUGUUGUAUUCUGCUGUCCAUCGUUUAGAUGUUUGUCUUACGUGACUUUACAACAACUUCUUCCUAAAUGUGGGUCGCCAGAGCAGGUUAAUUAUGUCAUCACUCCACCACAGCAAAAUAAGUCCCCUGCAAGACUCUUCAUUGUGCUUGCUUGUGCACACUUGCAGAACUUUUAUUUUGUCAUGCAAUUAAAAAGGGAAAGUUCACUGAAAUUAUUAAAUUACAUAUUUGUUUCCUUAUUCUGUAAGGAGUCUAUGGACAAGAUAUGACCACAAUCCAUGCUUUGGUUUUGUUUACCUGGCCACUUUCAAAUGCUAACUUUUAUGCAUUUGUGCCACAAAUACGGUGCAAGUCAAUAGUACCUAUAUUAGCAUUUUCGCGCUUCAUGUCCAAAUCAUCCUGUUUUUAAAAUGUUGUACCUCAAUGAAGUUACUUACAGAUGAUUUAAGAAACAACCUGGAGACCUAUAUUUUAGAAAAGUCUGUGUAAUAAUACUUUGCUGUAAAGUGGCACAUUGUUCAAAUGUCUAGUUGAACAGGGACCAAAUCACUGACAAACCUGGGGUGUAUUCAUUAAGUCUUGCAAAGGAACCAUUUACCGUUUUUAAAGAACCAAACGCAAGCGAACUGGGAGGGACCUACCUGAAUUUUUCCAAUAGAAACGUGUUUUUGUUCGGCGUAAUGGAUACACCCCAGGUGUGCAUUUUAGUUUGUGUCAAUGUUUGCUAUGUUGUGUGAUGGUUUGUACUGAACGACACGUUUCCCAAAAACGGUAUGUACUGUUCUUCAACAGCCUUUGAGGUAUGUUUGCUCCUGUUUGGUGGGUGUGGCCUGAUCAAUAUGGGUGUGAUCAUUUUGGAAUUGCAAAACUUGUGCAGCACACCAUACAGUAAUUGUCCUCUGGGUCACCAUUAUCAAGUUUUUUAACUGGUUGUACAGUACCGUUUCUGUCGAAUUCAACAUUGCACACCGUUCUGUCAUACUGAACACACCCCAGGAGAGUAACAUAUCUGCUACACUGGGAGCGUAGCGUUUGAGUAACCAAAGCGGAAGCAAUUGCACUGAUUAGUUUUGCAUCACUUGGGUGGGUGGAGUUUGUAUGUCUUAUAAACUGUAAAACUCAUUCCACAGAGCUGCUGAGUGUCUGCGGGUUUUUGCUCCACCCUUGUACUUAAUUCAUCAAUCAAGGUCACUAAUUAGUAAGGAACUCCCCUCGUUGUCUAGGUUUUAAUUGAAAGGAAUAAAACUAAAACCCGCAGACACUGCCCUUCGUGGAAUGAGUUUGACACUUCUGUGGUAAACCCUUUCAUUGGGCUUAAAAUUAAAUCUUCACCCUCCAGAGGGCAAAACAAGCACCCACUAUUGCAUCACACUCUGCCAAUGUAGCAGACAUUUCCAAUGCAAUUUUAGACAGUUAGCUUAUCUGUAAGGAGGAUGUAUACAUCUGUGGUGCACUUGGUUCUAGCAGCUACUGCUUGCUGUACAUCCUUCCACAGUCCAUUGUGUUUAUUGGUACAUCAGCUGUAUGAAUAGCCUAGCACAACUCUAUUGUUUGUCUCAUGACAAAUGAUACAAAUACUUUAGGUAAAGGUUGUUCUCGUGGUAUGCCAUUCAGUGAGCACUACAGGUAUUAAAUAAAUAAUUACAAUCAAAUGAUAUUGGUCACAUGUAGAUGUUAUUGCGUGUUUAGCGAGUACAAUUUUGAUACAGUGUCAGUUACAGUUACCCUUUUGUCCAGGUUUGUUUGUGGGUCACUUUUGAUAUGCACAUACAGAGAAAGGCUUUAAGAAGCUCCCUCCUAUGGCACGUUUGGGCAUUUCACGUAGUCUCUUGUCUGCCCUUCAGUCUAGCGGCGAGAAUGAGAAAUGUCUCCCGCCUACCAGAAUUCACACACCACCACCACUUCUGUUUGUCAGACUCAAAUCAGAGGGAGAGGAGCAAGCCGCCAUUUUCUGAGCGUCUCUCCCUAAAACGAGAAAAUAGGCUCUUCUCAAACACCAGAAAAACUGGCCUUCUCAAACACCUUAGGGUGUGGGGAACAGAGUUUGCGACAAAGGAUUGUUGUAAAAUAAUUAACAGAAGUAUUUUUGACCAGAAAGGACAAUUUUUACACUUACUUGCUAUUACUAGUAGCGAGGCGCGCUAGCUAGCUAACUUUAGCGCGUUAACGUUAGUUAGCAAGCAAGCAAGGUGUAGCUAGCUACGUUAGUUGAUUCGCCCAUUGCUUGGUUCCGGAACGAAUCCGUAGCUCUUGAAACGGGGUCUUAAAUAAAAAAGGAUUGCAUUUUUAGAAAGGGGAAUGGCUGAUUAAUCGAUUCAAAUCGUGUUUUUUUGUGGUAUCCGUUUACGUUUCCUUCAAAAACUGCGGGGGAUUGUUGCCGAAAUUCACUCGGAUAGUACGCCUCGUCACGUGGCUGUCCUCUGGCAGGGCAGUAAGCGGGUGGUGUGGAGCAGGCCGCGGAGUCCGUCUCUCUGCACUGCAUGGCUGCGAUGGCGCCCGCUCUCACCGACGCCCCAGCCGAAGCUCACCACAUCCGCUUCAAACUGGCUGCCCAGUCCUCCAGUCUCUCCCCGGGCAGCACAGAGAACGGCAACACAAGCAACAUCCUCAUCCACAACAGCAGCGGCACCGGCAAAUGCAAGGUUUCCGCCGCCGCCGAAAACUCCCACAACUUUUGCAGCGGGAACCAGGAGCAGCCGACCCAGCAGCAUCAGCAGUCCUCGGCCUCAACCUUGGGCAAGCUCCAGCCGCUGGUGGCUUCCUACCUGUGCUCCGAUGUGACCCCCGUCCCCUCCACCAAGGAGUCUAUUAAACUGCAAGGAGUCCUCAUCAAGCAGUCUGUGCUGAAGAGUCACGGCAUCCUACCCAGCUCGCUGUUCAACGGCGGGGGAGACUUCCUGCUGAGUAAACGGCAGACUUUGGAGCUGUCCGGAGGACAACUGAAGAGCCUCAUGAGCAGCAACGGUGGUGGCCAAGCCGUAGCGGCCAUCAAUGGCCUAGCCAAGAAGCUGGCCAUGUCCGGCGCAGCGGGCUCCGUGGUGGCAUUGAACAGGAGCAAACCCUCCGCCAGCGCUGAAUCUCAGCCCCUAACGCCUCCACCGGACUCCAAGGCCUUCAUGGGUGCCAUCUUAAAGGGACCCGUCAAGCAAAAGCAUUCCCUGGUGGUUUCUCACAGCGCAGGAGGAAACGGCCUCCAGCAGCAACCAGCUCACUUUGUGGCACCUGAUACACCCUCAAAUCAGACGGACACACCCUCAAAUCAGCUGAUGUCGCCCGUGACUGACUGGGAGAGGGCAGGCAGAAGCCAGCAGGGAUCCCCAGUCUGCUCUCCGGCACCCCAGUCCCCCUCCUCCACCCUCUGCAGCCUGGACGCCCAGGUGAAGGAGCGCACUCUGCUCAACCGCAGCCGCCAGGGUGAGAUUGAGGGCCGGAUGCGGCGGCUACGCAAGCGGCUGCAGGUGGUGCAGGCCAAGCAGGUGGAGCGCCACGUUAAGCAGCAGCUGGGGGGCUUUCUGGACUCAUCCCUCAGCAUGCUGCCUCCCGCCACCACAACGCGUAAGGGGGACACCACCGCCACAUGGCGCCCGGGCCGGCACUCCUUGGGAGCCAGGGACAGCCUGGGCAGGUUCUUGAAGAGCGGCUCCAUCCCCACAGAGUUGGAGCGCCUCUACCUCAGCGGCACAGCCAACCUGCACGUGGCUGAGAGCAACUUCGACUCGGACGUGACGGAGAGCAGCUCGGGAGGGGACACUGACCUGGAGGAGGAGGUGCUGACCAGAGUGGACAUUGAGCAGCGGCACAUCAAAAUAUGGAAGCGGGCGGAGAGUCGCUACACCAUCGAGCGGGCCUCCAUCAUCAGCCACUGGAACUGGCUCCAGGCCCACAUCUCAGACCUGGAGUACCGUAUCCGCCAGCAGACAGACGUCUACCGACAGAUCCGCGCCAACAAGGGCUCAGUGGAGUUGGGAGGCGUGGCGCCCAGUGCGUUGGUGGUGGGCGGGGCAGGAGUUAAGACCGAGCCUACUCCCCAGGACUGUCAGGUCACCAUCACAGAGUCUGGACCCUGGAGAGGCCAGAAUGGCAGGCCGGUCAAUGGGGUCCUCAACAGGGUGUCAGAGAGUAACACCAAACACCAACCCAGCCCCAAUGACAGCACCUGUGUGGCCGCCCGCACGCGCCCCUUACUUAACUGCAGACGACGGAGACUUGUACAGCCUAACACAGUACCUAACCUCAAUGGCAAGGUCCCGAGAACCAGCGCUAUCCUUUGCAGCUGCAGGGUCAACCCCUCCUCCUGUGUGACAUGCGGGGGUCGCCCCAGCGCACCCAGAGAAGACCCCCAGUAUGAGCUUCCCUCCCUGGAGCGCUUGUCCCACUUGGACCCGGGCGUCCACCCCAUCCUCUCCCUCCCUGACGAUGUGUGUAUGAGCUUGCGGCUGCAGCAGGUGAUGAAAAGCCACUGGCAGGGCAAGGCCCCCGAGAGGACCAAGCCCCUCAAGAAGCUCUCGCUCAAACACAAGCUCUCCUCCAAAGACAAGCACAUCAAGCUGGCCAACUCGCUCAUGGCACACAGACUGUCUCACUAUAAGAGCCGGGUUGAGAAGCAGCAGCGGCGACAACACCACCACUUGGAUGGCAACGGUGGGGUGCUGAGCGCCGCCAGGCUGGAGGGCCAGGCCCUCUGUAAGGCCGAGCGGCUUCUGCAUGGCCUCCCCUCACCCUCCACAGGCCCCUAUGACCGGAGCUACAGUCGCAAGAGGCCCCGCGAGCACUUGCUGGACAGGACCCACGGCUCCACCCCAAAGCUCUUCCUGGACUCGGGCAGCCCCUGCUCGUCCUUGGCCAGCCUGCACUCGUCUCUCCACAGCCCCUCGCUGACCCGCCAGCUGUCCACUUCCUCGGAGAGCUCCACCCACAUUGGCCCCAACAGUCUCAGCUUCUCCAACACACCCCAGCCCAUCCGAAGGAGGCGAGGCGAGAGCUCCUUUGACAUCAACAACAUUGUGAUCCCCAUGUCGGUCGCGGCCACCACGCGUGUAGAGAAACUACAAUACAAAGAGAUCGUCACCCCUAACUGGCGGGAAGUUGACAUUUUCUCCCAGCCCAUGGCAGAAGAGGAGAACCACACAGAGAUGGAGGACCUCUCUGACGCGGCCUUCUCCCAGCUCCACCAGCCAUGCCAGGAUCAGGAGCGUUCCCGCUGGACCUGGAUGGCCCUGGCCCCCGCCAAGAGGAGGGGCAGCAGGUCGUACAAGUCCAUGGAUGGCAGGACCACACCGCUGCUGUGCAGCACCAACCCGCCCACUCCCCAGCCGGCGUCCCCUGACCCUGGACACUGCCCCCUGCUGCACGACUACAGCCACGUGGCGUCGCCCAUAAGUCCGGACGCCACCUCCAACCCCCACACGCCGUGCUCACGCGACUCCCACCGCCUACUGUCCAGUGAGGACACGCGCUGCUCCACACCCGACUUCACCUUCGAGGAGAGGACGGUGGCCCCUUGGGAGCAUCGAAACUUCCCCCUGCCGGAGGACCCCUCUCCGGAGCCCGAGGUGGAGGGGGAAGAUGAGAUGAGGCGGUCGCGAAUGCGCAGCGUCUCGUGUUGCCCGUCGACAGGCUAUGACACAGACAGCCCCUUGCCUUGUGAUGACGACGCCCCCAAACAGAAGGGCCAUGCCCACCAAUGAAUGACUGACAGGCUGAGGUCCUCCUCAAUCCCUACCCCUCUCUGGCAUUAACAAGCAGAACCUCAAACUGAGAAAAAAGGCUAUUUAAAAGGGUUCCUGUUUGAUAUUCAAACACCAGUCUAAUACUAUUUCACAGUUUUUAGUGAAUAUUAUACGGAAGAUGGAAGCCUUUCCCUACACUCUUGAUGUUACAAAAAUGAUUUCUGUUGUAGGCUAAAACGAUGUACAUGGGGCUUAGUGGUGUUCCAUAUGUGGCGUGUACACUUGUAGCGCACUAUGUAGCUGACUCCUCAAAGUAUGGCCAAAGGGUGUUUUUCUAUUGACUAGUUUGCUUGUAUUUCCCAUGUACAUUUUCUAGUGGUGUGACAAAUAACAAAACAAGAAGACAAAAAAAAUCCUCAUACUCCCCAAUUAACAGGUACAUUUGGGAUGUUUUGUGUCCUUUUUUUGCCUCUAGGGGUGGGGGGGCAUUAGAAAUCGUGGAGCACAUCUUCUUUCAUUGCCAAGUAGUUUUGUUGGGUUGCAUGUCUUUUUGUUUGUCAUUUCUUUCCUGACACUUUUUUUUGUUUGUUUUUUGUACCGUCUGUUCAAUUAAGUCUCUUCCUUUUUUUGUGUUUUGAACAGUAAUCAUUCCUUUAGAAAAUCUCUGCAGAGCACCCGGCGCCUCUGAUCCCUCUGAGCUCUCGCUGUCUUGUUUGCGGGAGUGACUGCGGUAGAGAGGAACCUGGGUGUCCUAAGCACUUGUCCAACUUACAGGGAGCACUACUGCAUGCUAAACCAUGCUAAGGCUAAUCAAAUCAGCAGAGCACAUAAUAGAACAGGAACUUGCCACACAGGGAAAGGAAGUGGAUGAUGAUCGGGGAUGACCCUACCAUCGGUUUAGUUCACUUUCCCCUUUCCUCAAAUUAUCAUUGGUGUAGUAUUAUGUCAACAUAGUCAAAUUUAUUUCAAAUGGUAAAAUCACACAGCUAAUAGCUUUUUCAUUUUGUUUUCCGGACAUUGGUAUGAGGCUACAUGCUGGUGAAUUAUUGGACAAUGUUUGUUAAUGUUGAUAAUUAAGUUGUUUCUGGUUCAACUUGACAAGAUAAAGUGUGUUAUCUAGUUUCAUAUGUAGCAGCUCUUUGCUAGAAGCAACCCAGACCUCAGGUUUUACAGUUAAGGGAAUAUUUCUAAUGCUGAGAAAAUAUUUGCCUCCCCCCACCAGAUCGAGCCGAUCUAAAGAGACUACUCUGUUGCAGAAUAAUGUUUUUUUUUGUGUUGCCACCCCACAAUGACAUAACCACACCACCAUUUCCCCUCGUAACUAAUUGCUAUGCAAAAUCUAUGGUUGUAUAAUUUUACACCUGUUUUUACGCCACAGUCCUUCAAACCCUGUACUUUGUUUUGUAGUUUAAGCAAGAUGUAAAUGUACUGGUCCAAUUGUUGCAGCAGUUAACCUAAUCAAAAGCAGAAUUGUUUUUGUAAAUAGUACCAUUAAAACAUUUGUUAAACUUGGGAUAA